AUGGCAACCUCGUUUAUCUCCAAGAGAUUGCGGCCCACGGAAGCCGACCAGGAUGCGGAACCUAGUUGGAUUCGCCGCCAGGUCACUUCUGGCCUUCAAUGCAUCUCUCGCCGUGCCUGUGUGCACCCCAUUCACACCAUUGUGGUGAUUGCCCUUCUCGCCAGCACAACCUACGUCGGCUUGCUCGAAGGGAGCCUGCUGGACACUGCGCGUAACCCUCGCAAUGUGGCAGGACAAGUGGAUGUCGAUACUCUGCUCCAGGGCAGUCGUAACCUACGCCUGGGCGAAUCAACUGCGUGGAAGUGGCAGGCCGAGGAUUCCUGGGUUGACUCGACCCAGAUCGACCAGCCUGCAGCUCACCACAUCGCUCUGACCACCUUCAUUUUCCCUGAUUCCAACUCCAAGUCGGCGUCGACGGCUCCGGCCGCCGACGAUGUCCCGAUCCCUGCCAAUGUCUCCGCCCACCCUGUCCCGCAUACUCCGAACUUGUUCUCGCCCUUCUCUCACGACUCUUCUUUGGCCUACACCGUGCCUUUUGAGCAGGUCCCUGACUUCUUGCGGGCCGUACAGGAGAUUCCGAACCCGUCCGCCGAGGAGGAGGAAGAGGAGUCCAAGAAAUGGAUCAUGAAGGCCGCUCGCGGUGCCACUGGCUCCCGAACUGCCCUCAAGCUCUGGAUCACCGAUGCGUGGAGCUCCUUUGUGGAUCUCAUUAAGCAUGCCGAGACCAUUGACAUUGUGAUCAUGGCUCUUGGUUACCUUUCUAUGCACUUGAGCUUCGUGUCUCUGUUCUUCUCCAUGCGCCGUCUGGGAUCUAACUUCUGGUUGGCUGCUACUGUUCUCUUCUCUGGUUCCUUUGCUUUCUUGUUCGGUCUCUUGGUCACUACAAAGCUUGGAGUGCAGAUCAACCUUCUCCUUCUUUCCGAGGGUCUCCCAUUCCUGGUUGUGACCAUCGGCUUCGAGAAGCCCAUCAUGUUCACUCGGGCUGUUCUGAAUGCCUCCGUGGACAACCGCCGUCCCCGUCCCGGUGCUGCUCCCCGCCCCCUGACCUCGAGCACCCCCGGUUCUAUUCAGGACUCAAUUGCCACGGCUAUCAAGGCUCAAGGCUUUGAGAUCGUCCAGCACUACUGUAUUGAGAUCGGUCUGCUGGCCAUGGGGGCUGCCUCUGGUGUCCAGGGUGGUCUCCAACAAUUCUGUUUCCUCGCCGCCUGGAUCUUGUUCUUUGACUUUGUUCUCCUGUUCACUUUCUACACUACUAUCCUGUGCAUCAAGCUGGAGAUCACUCGCAUCAAGCGCCACGUUGCUCUACGCAAGGCCCUCGAGGAAGACGGAAUUACCCAAAGCGUUGCCGAGAAUGUCGCCUCGAGCAACGACUGGCCCAGCGCCGGCUCGGAUGGCAGCGAGGGUGACACCAGCAUCUUUGGUCGUAAGAUCAAGUCCAGCAAUGUGCGCCGCUUUAAGAUCCUGAUGGUCGGUGGUCUGAUUCUGAUCAAUGUCGUCAACUUGUCCGCCAUUCCCUUCCGGAACACCGGAAAUGGCGCCCUGAUCUCCCGCUUAUCCAACGUGAUGGCUCCUGCUCCCAUUGAUCCCUUUAAGGUCGCUGAGAACGGUCUGGAUGCUGUCUACGUGGCCGCCAAGAGCCAGAAGCAGGAGACCAUGGUCACCAUCAUCCCGCCCGUCAAGUACAAGCUGGAAUACCCAUCUGUCCACUACGCGGACAACGAGGACACUGGUUCGUUCGAUAUCGAGUAUUCCGAUCAGUUCCUGGAUGCCGUUGGUGGUAAGGUGCUCGAGAGCCUUCUCAAGAGCGUGGAGGAUCCCAUCAUCAGCAAGUGGAUUAUCGCUGCCUUGACUCUCAGCAUCAUUCUCAACGGUUACCUCUUCAACGCCGCUCGCUGGAGCAUCAAGGAGCCUGAGCCCGUCAUCGCUGCUCCCAAGGAGCCCGUGGCGCCCAAGGUCUACCCUAAGUUUGAGCCCAACGAGGAGGAAUCAACUCGGUCCAUGGAGGAAUGCGAGCUUAUGCUUAAGCAGAAGCGUGCUCCCUUCUUGACGGAUGAGGAGCUGAUCGCUCUGUCCCUCAAGGGCAAGCUUCCUGGUUAUGCUUUGGAAAAGACUAUGGAGAACGAGGAGUUGAUGAGCCGUGUAGACGCCUUCACUCGUGCUGUCAAGAUUCGCCGUUCUGUGGUCGCCCGUACCCCCGCCACUUCUGAGAAUACCAGAUAUCUGGAGACCUCCAAACUCCCCUACGAGCACUACAACUACGGUCUGGUCCACGGUGCUUGCUGUGAGAAUGUCAUUGGUUACUUACCUCUCCCUCUUGGUGUUGCCGGUCCCAUCAACAUUGAUGGCCAAAACUACUUCAUCCCCAUGGCUACUACUGAAGGUGUUCUGGUUGCCAGCACCAGCCGUGGCUCCAAGGCUAUCAACUCUGGUGGCGGUGCGGUCACCGUUCUGACUGGCGAUGGCAUGACUCGUGGUCCUUGUGUUAGCUUCCCUACCCUGGCUCGGGCUGCCGCUGCCAAGGUCUGGAUUGACUCCGAAGAGGGUAAAAGCAUCAUCACCGCUGCCUUCAACUCUACUAGUCGCUUUGCCCGUCUCCAGAGUCUGAAGACCGCUCUUGCUGGUACCUACCUCUACAUCCGCUUCAAGACCACCACGGGUGACGCCAUGGGUAUGAACAUGAUUUCCAAGGGGUGUGAGAAAGCCCUUGAUGUGAUGUACAAGGAGUGUGGUUUUGAUGACAUGUCCAUCAUCUCGCUCUCCGGUAACUUCUGUACCGACAAGAAGUCCGCUGCUAUCAACUGGACUGAUGGUCGCGGUAAGUCCGUUGUCGCCGAGGCUAUCAUUCCCGGCGACGUUGUCAAGAGCGUGCUGAAGAGUGAUGUCGAGGCCAUGGUGGAGCUGAACAUCAGCAAGAACCUGAUCGGUUCCGCCAUGGCAGGUAGCUUGGGUGGUUUCAACGCUCACGCUUCCAACAUCGUUUCUGCCAUCUUCCUUGCCACUGGUCAGGAUCCUGCCCAGAACGUCGAGAGCAGCAGCUGUAUCACGACUAUGAAGAACCGCAAUGGUGACCUUCAGAUCGCCGUCUCCAUGCCCUCCAUUGAGGUCGGUACCAUCGGCGGCGGUACCAUCCUUGAGGCGCAAUCAGCCAUGCUCGAGAUGCUCGGUGUCCGGGGUCCUCACCCCACCAACCCUGGUGAGAACGCUCGCCAGCUGUCCCGCAUCAUUGCAGCCUCCGUCCUGGCCGGUGAGCUCAGCCUGUGCGCUGCGCUCGCUGCUGGCCACCUUGUCAAGGCCCACAUGGCCCACAACCGUAGCGCGGCCCCUACCCGGUCCUCGACCCCCGUGUCCGCUGCCGUGGGCGCUGCUCGUGGCCUGUCCAUGACCUCUAAAUAA